UACACUAAAAUAUAUACAAUAAAAAGUUGACAGAGUUUAAACAAAUGACAGGAGAGUUUGUUGUCCGCCGCGCUACCCGAGAUGACAUCAAGCCCAUAUGCACGCUGAUCAGUGCCGGCGAUGUGAAAUGGUUUGGUAACAAGCGGCCCAAGUACGGGGCCAAAAAAGCCUUGAUGCAAAGCUAUCAGACUCAUCGUUUCGUUGUGGUGCUCAAACAUGCGGUUGACAAUGAGCUCUUGGCUUACGGCGAGUUUCGUAAUUACCCUGCACUAGGACCGUUGCCAGGGGAUAGCUGGAUGGACUGGCUAUUGGGAAAAUAUUGCAUUAACAUACCCAUCAGCUGGCUCAAUACGCUCUUCUUUAACUUUUGCACCUACAAAAGCGCACAUCCGGAGGUUUUGCUGGCGCUGGUGCGUGAGUUGUUCUACAUAGAGAAUCGCAUUUGGUAUUUGCUAACCGUACGCAUGCCAGAAGUGAAAGGUAACUUUUACUAUGCUGAGUCCUUCGACGAUCUCGAGAAAUACGCGAAUGUCCUAUAUCCACGAGAGUUUAGCAUUACGUCCAAUACGAACACCCAGUCGGUCUAUGUCAUUCCACGCUUCCAGUUGCUGCCAAAGAUUAGUUAUCGCAAGGCUCUCGCCGAAGAUAAUGACGACAUUAUCGAUAUACAUUCGUUGGAGAUGCCGGAACUGCGAGCUAAGCUCGGUGACUACUAUAUAGCCGAGGAGCUGCUGCGUCAGGAUGACGACGCCAAGAAAAACUACUUGAUUGUCGUUGAGCUGGAGAACGAAUGUCAGGAGUCGGAAACUGCAGGCUUUAUGUGGCUGACGUCGGAUAUUGACAUACGCUUUUAUGUGCGCAACUAUGAGCUGGAGACAUUUGGUAAUCUGCUAAAGUUCAUAAGUGACAAGCCAUACGCUUUUGAAGAGAUACUUGUAUCUUCUGUGGAUCCUAAGGCUCAGGCAAGUCUCUUUACAAACGAGGCAAUAGACGAUUUGUAUGCGGAAACCAUAAUUGGUGGAGUUCAGCGCAACGACAGCGGCACCAGCGUGGCUAGCGUCAGCAAAAUGAAGGUCAGCUCCAUACACGGCACUAUUGUGGACGAGGCUUUUUCGGGCGGCUCAAAUAAAUUUUACAUGCGUGAAGCGCUCUUUUUGAAAUUCCAGUAUAUAUUUGAAACGCUGCUGACUAUCAAUUACUACAUAAGCGAGAAGAACAAGUUAAUUAACCUUUUUUAUAAUGUGAAAACUAAAUCUGACCAACAUGAUAGUUUCUUGGAGCAGGCAUCGAAUGUCUUCAUACUUAAGUACAUUAGCGUGGACCAAAAGUUUCCCAUUGAGCGUAUCUUCAGUUGCAUCUGUGCUAUGUUUAGCGUGUUUCCGGAGCGCGAUUAUUGCAUGAUGACAAUGCCCAAGACAGCAAAAUCGGUGCGCAGUCAAGAAGAGGUGCUCAAAUAUUUUAUGCCCGUGGCCCAACGCCCCAGCGAAGAAACCAAUCUGGAAGAUGUUUAUAUAACACAUCGCAGCACCAUAUUUGGUGAAAUCAGCUUGUAUAAAUUGGAAGCUAAUGACGUAGAGACUGUACAGGAUCUAAUUCUGGGUGGCAGCACCCAGAUGACGAGCAGCUUUCUAUACCCAGAUAGCAGUUUCUCCUAUUCGUCCAAGGUCAAUGCUUAUGCCGACAUUGAGCACGAGUUAAAUGUGCUCAAUCUGAUAAUGACAGAUGUGUUGAACAAUGACGACACCGAGUAUUUUGCCUUCACCAUACGCUGUGGUAACUCAACCAAACUAGCCCAGGAGAAUACCAUCAUCGGCUUUGUUUUCCUCAGACCUUAUAAUUGUCAUCAUGAGUUACUUCACCACUAUCACCUGCCCAAUUUUGACCAUCAUUUAAAGUUUCAUCGCGCAGAGAUCUUAUCGCUGAAAUUGCAUCCGCUCUUCCACAUUAGCAGCGAUGUCAUAUUUCGUGAGCUGGCGAAGAACACGAAUUACUUUGAUUUUUAUUUCAUAACCUCGCGUGAGAAAGAAUGCUUAUCCAACGAUUUGAAGACAAUGAUGAUGCUCAUUGAGCCCAGAGCCCUUAAAAGGAGCCUAUGCUUAGGUGUAAAGCACACUGAGGUUCCUUCGGUACUAAAACUGCCACAGCGGGAUUAUAUGUGCGAUCAUUUAAUUGUGUAUCGUCAUAAGUUGAAUCCCUCAAAGUGGUUUGUCAACAACAAGCGCCUGGUCAUCAUUGGCUUUACAAAUGAGAGCAAGGCCUUCUUGCGGCAGCUGCUCUUCCAGUGGAAUAGCAAGGACCAUCGGAACUCGGAGGUAUAUAACUGCCUGCCUCGUUUACAGGUUACCGUAAUAGCAAGGCCAGGUUUGGUAGAAGCGGACUACGACAGCAAGUUUGAGUGCCCCUACUGUGAGGACAAACGCUUCUGCUACGUGUUUUACCAAAACUCGCCUUGCUAUGUACGUGACGUGGUUUACCGCAUGGAUCUACGCAACUAUGUGCAUUUUGUAGUUGGACACGUGAACUAUAUAAACAGAGAAGAGAAGUACGUAAAGAUUAAUCAAAGCUGUGAGAUCCAUUACGACACGCUGCUGUUGAUGAACUCCAGGAGCUACGGUGUAUCAAAUGAAGCAUUGUUCGUGGAUGAAAGGAAGCGUCUGCCUUCGAACUUUGUGGUGAUCAACGAUCGCAUAGACAAGAUAAUGCUGUUCUACAAAAUUCGGGUGCUGUUGGAAGAGAUCAAGCGCAGCUAUUUGUUGCUGAUCUACGGCGCUAACCUGCAAACUUUCGAGUGCAUUGCCUUUCUGCUCUCCCACGGCAUUGAUCCGACGCGCCUGGUGCUGGUAUUGCCACAUAUUACUACAGGCAUCGAAGCUGAAGAGAAACUCAGCAACCCCUACAUAGAUAAGAACUUGCAAAUGAUUAUUGAGGAUAUGCUGAUUGAUAGUGGGGUCAAAAUUCAUAGGGAUAUGAAUUUUUCUCAUUGGAUUCAAGGUGGCAUGGUUAAUUUCAUAAUGGAAGUGGUUUUCCACAGCUUUCCCCAAAAAGUCGAGUACUGUUUUGAUUGUGAUAUAUUCAUAUCCUUUGAAGAGGGUCACAUGGAUCAAAAAGUCAAGGACUGGCUAACUGACUCGGAUAUUAAGUUAAAUAACCGUAAAGUGCAAGUGGAUAAAAAUUUUAGAACCAACGAUCCCGACAUCUAUGCGGUGGGCAAAUUCAUAGAAAUCGUGGGCGAGCCUGCGCUGAAUCAUCAAUACAAGUAUACAAGUGAAAGGGAAACAGCCAGCAAGUUGAUGUACAUACUUGGAUUGGCAGAUAGCGACACGCCCUUUGAGUACAAGUACUCGCAGCCCGCUUUUUUCCAGGCCCUUUUACCGUUGGAUUAUAUUAUAACCAAGGUCACAAUGCCACGGCGUUACUUGGCCACCCAUUUUACCAGCUGUUUCAACUGUGCCAUGACCACUUAUUGGCAGAACAACUUCUGCCGAAUUGGACUAACGCCCAAGAAGAUAGUCGAUGAAAUUGUAGUGGUUUCCAAACAGAAAAGGCGCUUUGAUUUCCUGGAGUUUUUCUGCGGCAAGCACGAGUCCAUGCUAAAUAAUUUGAGUAUACGGUAUAAAGCAGGAACUAUUAAAUGCUUGCUGUGCUUUCUGGAAGAGCCUUGGACAGAGCUGCUAACACAUGACGACUUUGACGAACUUCAGGCGAGGAAUCAUAUGUUGCUUCGCCCCAUGAUUAUAUCUAUGCAACAGGCUAGAACAAGCUCUGGGGAAAGAGAAAGUACCUAUUCCGAUGCCGAUUUUCUAUCGGUGAAUCAACGCGUUCUGGAGCAUAAUGUGUUAAAUUUUUUGCGCAAGCAUCGACGAGAGUUUCAACAUGAGUUUGCUCUGCCUGAGGACUAUAAGAAAAUUAAACUAAAUAAGCGCUGAGUGAUUGGGUCAUUGACAGAAAA